UUGGAUUCGUACAAAAACGAGAUCCAAGAUAUAAAGCUUAUAAAAUGGCAGCUGAACAAAGAGAUAAAGCUCAAAUUGCUGAAGCAAAAAGACGAGCAGCUCGUGAUCGUGCAAAACAUCUUUCUGAAUUACAAGAAUAUCAAGAACAAGAUUGGACAAAAACUUCAAAUUGGGGAUAUGAGAAGACGGAAGAAAUCUCUGAAGACAUUAUAAAUGAAAGUGUUCAAGAUAAUGAUAAAAUAAAAUCUGAUUCAUUUAAUGGUGAUGAUGAAUUAUCUGAACUAUUAAACAAAACAAAGAUUUCUUCUAGAGGUGGUUUUGAAUCUGAAGAGGAAUCUAGUAAAACUCUGUCCUUAAAUGAUGAUGAUAAUAAAUCAAUUCAACAGGAGAACG